GCUUGACUUUAUGUGCUGGUUGAAAAUCACCUAAAAUCACCAUUUAAUUCUUCCAAAUAUUUCUGUUAAAACUGUAUUGAAACCAACUGUGGGGAAUUUUUUUUGUUAUCACAGCAACUGGUCACCAUUUUUUGAAACUUGAAAACUAUCAAAGUAGACAUUGGUUUUGAAAAAAGUGGCUUGCAGUCCAACAGGGGAGAGAAAAUUGUAUGAUCUUUCGAUAUUGAUUGUUAAACACCAGAAAUUAUCAAGAUAUUUUAUUAGCAACCUCAAUUACGAUCGGGUCAAAGUUGAGGAAAGAUUUCUUUAAAAAGAGGAGCUGACUAUGCUUCGGACUCUCUCAACUUCAAAAACAACAACUAUGCUGACCAAUUUUUACUCCCAAGGAUCAUGGAACAGUACCAAAUAAUGAUGCAAUACUUGCAAUUUAAUAAUUUCAAAUAGAUAGGGAGAAAAUAACGAAAAUUUGGAAAUUGCUCGUUUUGCCCCACCCCUAUAGCUUUAUAUGUGCAUCGAGAUCCAAUCCCUAAGAAAGAACCAUUCCACGUUCUAUAGAUAAUUUAUAAAUUCGUAUGACAUCAACAUUUUGUACUGUUUUUCAAGUGUGUCCUCCCUUUCAUACAAUGUGAUUCACAAAAGUUUUGACUACAAUCAGUAUUUCAGCAAUGUUGCGCACUGUAAUAUAUAUUGUGGCUCUCAUUUGCCUAAAUUCUGUUAUUGCUGACACAGCGUCAUCCGAGAAAAUUGUCUGUUAUUAUGGAACAGGUCUUUCAAAUUACUCUACUCCUUUGCCACCUGGUCUGGACCCUACCUUAUGUACUCAUUUGAUCUUUAUUGGAUCCACUAUAAUUGAUGGACAGAUCAAACCCCCAAAACCAACUGAUCCACAGAUGUACUAUGAGAAAAUUCCUUUAAUGAAAAAACUUAACCCAGAGCUGAAAGUUUUAUUAUGCAAUGGAGGAAAUUUCAAUGGGGUCCUUGCCACAAGUCAGAAUCGAUCCAGAUUUGCCAACAGUUCACUGCCUAUUCUCAGGAAAUAUGGUUUUGAUGGGUUGGAUCUUGAUUUCGAAUUUCCUGCUUGGAAUGGUUUACCCAAGUCUCAGAAACAUUCCUUCAGUCUUUUAUUGACGGAACUCUAUGAAUUGUUUCAACAAGAAGCUGCCCUUACCAACAAACCACGUUUGAUGCUGACAGCAGCUGUUGUUUCCACAAAGGAGAUAAUUGAUGCCUCUUAUGAAGUCCCUAUUCUUGCUAAAGUCCUGGACUUCAUCAACCUGAUGUGUUAUGACUACCAUGCUUUUGCUUACUACGAUCCCUUCACUGGAUUUAACAGUCCACUCUACCCCGAAGAACAUGAUUCCAUCUAUGGCAACCGGUCCAUUGUUUUCUCUGCUAACUACUGGGUUCUGAAGGGGAUGCCAAAAUCUAAAGUUGUUGUUGGAAUUCCUGUGUAUGGCCACAGCUACAAGCUGGUGUUUAAGAGUCUCCAUGGUGUCCAUGCUCCCAGCUAUGGACGAGGUGACAAUGGUGGCUAUGUCACUUAUUCACAAGUGUGCAAAUACCUCCAGUCAAACUUCACCAGGGUGUUCAAUGAACGGUGUCAGGUACCUUACAUGUACAAGGACCACCUAUGGAUUAGUUAUGAAGAUGAAGAGAGCAUCAACAUAAAGGCAAACUGGAUCAAGAGCCAUGGUUAUCCUGGUAUUAUGGUGUACUCAAUGAACUAUGAUGAUUACUCGGGUGUUUGUGAUGGUGGCAAGACAAAGAAUCCACUCCUGAAGAUUAUUAACAAGUUCCGGCUGUAAGGCCCCCACAUCCCACAUCCCUGCCCUGCCUACUUUCAUUUCCUAACUUCUCUUGCCCCCCACCUGUUUUUAUUAUUCAUGUGUACCCUAAUAUUUUAAAUGCUAGCACUAACCCUUCAUUGUGCCUCUUUCCUCACCUCUCAACUUUACAGGCCUUAAAGUUUACAAAAUCCAACCACACCCCUACUCCUUUCAUCCUGUUUUACCUACCAAUUUUGAUUGCGGAUCUGCUCAUGGAGCCUAAAAAACAUAGCUUUGCAGUAUUUUAUUUUGUGUCUUUCAGUUGUAAGUUCAAAUUCUACUCAACCUUUCUUUGUCUUUCAUCCUUCUGGGAGCGGGGGGGGGGGUCACUAAAAUCAGUAGCAUCCCAUUGAAUAAAUCCCACAUAUCCCACAAAAUAUGUGGCAUUGUGUAUGUCAGAAAUAAUAACAAUAAUAAUGAUAAUAAUAAUAAUAAUGACCACAGUUGACUUUGCUUCACAUCCUUUUGGGGUUAAUGAAAUAAGCACCAGUUGAACACUAGGGGGCCAGGUUAACUGACUGUCCCCCUCCCACCAAAUUUCAGACCUUUUGCCUACAACAGAAAGGAUUAUCUUCAUUAUCAUUGUUAUUUACUAUCCUCUUCUUUCAAUUUUGUUUCCAUUUCUUGCCGAGUGUCUUCCCAGCACCAAGGGCAAAGAAACUCACUGUAUACAUUGGUAGACCAUUAGAUAUGAACACACUAGAUGGCUCAUUUACAAAGUCAUGUGAUAGAAAAGAUGGAGAAGAAAGAAAGAAAAAGGAAAUAAGAAACCAUUUUUUAUAAAAAGGGGGGAAAAGGUGGAAAAAAAAAGAAGAAAAUUCACAGCAACAAUGCUCUUUUCAAUAUAUGUGACGUACCAGUUAAAACAAUCUUUUGUUCUUUUUGCAUGGAUGGUAAACUAGGGAUCAUCCUCAAAUAAUCUUCAGUUCCUUUUUUUGAUCAUUCCAAGUGCUCCUACAAUCACUGGUAUUGUAACUGUCUUGAAAUGCCACAUUUUUUUUCAAUUUCAAUCAGCAAAUCUUUAUAUUUUCUGAGCUUUAUUAAAUUCUUUGGCCGAGAUAUUAUUAUUCAACUUUGCCUUUCAUCCUUUUGGGGUCAGUAAAAUAAGUACCAAUUGAACACUGGGGGCAAUGUCAUCGACUCAUCUCCUCCCCCAAAAUUGCUGCCCUUGUGGCAAAAUAUGAAACCAUUAUUGUUAUUAAGUUGGUGAGCAGACAGAAUUGUUAGCACACUUUAAUAAUAAUAAUAAUAAUAAUUACAGUGCGGACUGGAUGCUUUUUAAGUGGCACCUGCACUGGCAGGUCACCAAGUAACUUUGCAAGAUAAGUUGAGAGGAGAGAACAUUUUUCUUUUUCAUUUUACAUUUUUGAAACAAAUAAAGAAAUUAUUAUUAUUAUUAAUAA